CCUCGUCUUUCAAGACAGUCUGUGAAUUGACGGUUUGCCAUUCAAAAUAAUUACAUCUAGAAAAUGCUGCCAGGAGAUCGAUUAACAUUCUUGCUGUUCCUGUUAAGUACCACAGUGACAACGAUGAACUGUGACAAUCUGCUGGUUAAAACGGAUAGCGGUUAUGUGCGUGGCGUCGUGCUACGCACAUUAUUGAAGAAUACAGAGUAUAUCGCGUACAGAGGCAUACCGUACGCAAAGCCACCCGUUGGUGAUUUGAGAUUUAAGCCUCCUGUUCCGAUUUCUCCUUGGUCAGGAAUCUUUCAAGCGAUCGACUAUGGGAAUUCCUGUCUGGUACUCCAUCAAUCGCAAUUGUUCCCACUAAACAGCACCCAGAGCGAGGACUGCCUCUACUUGAAUGUUUUCACUACAGUGACAAGUGAUGACCAACUCUGUGCUAAAAAGGCGGUAAUGUUUUUCAUACACGGUGGUGCCUUUACGGAAGGUGAUGGUACCGAUGGAUUCUAUGGACCUGAUUUUAUUGUCGACAACGAUGUAAUACUUGUUACGUUCAACUAUCGCCUGGGACCGUGGGGUUUUGCUAACUUUGAUGUGAAGGGUUAUACGGGCAAUAUGGGAUUCAAGGAUCAACAAAUGGCUCUUGAAUGGAUCCAUCAGAACAUCAGAUAUUUUGGUGGUGACCCGAGCAAGAUAACAGUUUUUGGUGAAAGUGCCGGUGGAGUCGCAACGCAUCUGCACCUGCUGUCCGAAAAAUCUAGGAAAUUUAUGAAACGUGCGAUUGCGAUGAGCGGUUCAGCCUUUUCAAUGUUCGCGUUCUGUGAGCCGAACGAUCACGUCGAAUUGUUCAAAGACGUUUUCAAAUUGGAUGCACAAGCGACCGGACAAGAUGUACUGGAAUUCAUGUUGAAUGCGCCUGUCGAUCUGAUUUUGCAAAACGCUCCUGUCAUGUCUUUGGAACGGGGCUUGAUACAUCUAUACUUCGGUGUUGUAAUUGAAAAUGAAACAAUAGCAGAAGACCCAUUUUUGAUCCGACGUCCUUUGGACAUCUACGAAACAACCAAAGUUGAUGUCGAAUCAAUGUUUGGUGCAACUAGUUUGGAAAGUUUGGCUCUAUUGGUCGCCUAUCCUAUGUACUUUUGGUAUGAGCCAUUAAAAGAUAACUAUUCCAACAUUGGGUUACCGUUUAGGGGAUUGACUUUGUCGCCGAAUUCUUCGGUAUAUCAAGAUGCUGUAAGGAAGAUCUACGCCUUCUAUUUCGGUCACGAAAAAUUAGAAGAUUUACAACCAAACGAAGAAAAUUUCAUUAAUUACUUCGAAAUGAGCUCAGACAUGAAUUUCGUGCAUCCGGUCAAUAAAUCAUUUGAAUUGCAUUCAAAGUAUGCAAGAACAUCUCGCUAUGUAAUCAACUUAAACUUGAAACUGAAUGUCGUCAAAUUGCAAGCAAACAUCGAAUAUUUGCCUGGAAUGUCCCAUGCCGAGGACAUGCUAUAUCUAUUUUUGUCGAAAAAGUAUUCAGACCUAUAUGCGAAUGUUCUGGCAAAUCCAACUGAUCCGAUAAAUAAAAAAACGCUGAGAGCUUUUCAGUUUGUACCGAAAAUGUUCACGGAUUACUGUAAAACUGGAUUGCCGAUGCCCACCGUAAACUGUAACGCUGGCAUCGAAAUUACCAAUGACGGUCUAAAGCCAAUGGAUGGCUCGCGAGAUGAAAGAAUAAAAUUCUGGGAUUCGAUUUAUGACAGCGUCAGACCCUGGUUGUAACAUAAAAAGAAACACAAGACUGGAAUUUUUUCAGCUAGAUCUAAAUCAAGCUAACCUCACAUCUGCAGUAUAAUUUUAAAGCCUAAUGUCUAACAAAUAAUGUUUUAAAAAAAACGAAACGAAAUAAAUAUUUGCUUUGAAACGAUCGGUUCUAAGCAGGG